AUGUUCCGUACCCAAUCUCUUAAACGCUCCCGCGACGAUGUCGGCGACCUGCAACCCCUUGGUCCCAAGAAAAUCCGCCCGUGGCAUGGCCCUGCGCCCAAUGCUGUUUCCCUCCCCGUCCCCGAAUCAGCCGACAUCGAUCAAGCUCUUCGAUUUCGCGCUCCGACCCUAACCCCCAUCGACUCAUCGGACGAGGAAGAUGUUCAAAAUACCAAUAAUCACGGAGUGUACACCUCAACAAAAGUGUUCCGCCCUAAACCCUCGGCCCUGCACUUGGAUUUGAACGCGAACCUAAAUCAAGCCCCGACAAAGCUCCUCCUGUCCGGCGACGACCUCUCCCCAUGGCAACAAGCCUACGCCUCGAACCACAACCACCCAUCCCCCAUCCCCCACGCUCUCGUGAACCACUCCCUCGACAUAAACGACUCGGUCCUCACAGCCCCAGGCUUCGGCCACGAUGACUUCGAGCCAACACCAUCCAUAACCCCCGCCCUCUCAUCCAUGCUCCAACCCGACACCCUCAUGGAAAUAGAAGACAUCGCCCCCUUCCACAAAGAAACCCCGACAAUCAGGCUCCCAAGUCCAGUCAGCGAUACCGACAUGGCAAUGGCCGACAUGGACCCGGGUUACCCCUACCCAUACCCCACCCGCGUGCCCACGCCAGGCCUCGACUACGGAAACGUGUCGCCGCAGCCGGUAGCAGCACACCCCAUGUCGCGGAGUACCUCCAGUCAAUCAGCCACGCGCACGCCCAGCCCGUGUCCUAUUCCGCACCGUCGCUCCGCGCUGGUCAUGGGUUAUCGUGCCGAUUGCGAUAAAUGUCGGUGCAAAGUUCCUGGCCAUUACAGCCAUAUCAUUCAGCGGGCUUGA